CCAAAGCCCGGCUGUGCUUCGAUUGAUUGACAGAUCGUAAUAGUGGUAUCCAUUUUUGUUCUUCUUCUUCGUUCUUUUCACUCCCUAAAAGAACAGGAGAGAGAAAAAUACUGUGUUUCCAUUUAAUCCAUGGCUUCUCGAAGGCGUAUGCUUCUGAAGGUCAUAAUCCUCGGAGACAGCGGAGUUGGGAAGACGUCAUUGAUGAAUCAGUAUGUGAAUCGAAAGUUUAGUAAUCAGUACAAAGCGACAAUUGGAGCUGAUUUCCUAACAAAGGAAGUUCAGUUUGAAGAUAGGUUGUUCACAUUGCAGAUAUGGGAUACGGCUGGGCAGGAAAGGUUCCAAAGCCUUGGUGUGGCUUUUUAUCGUGGGGCAGACUGCUGUGUUCUUGUAAAUGAUGUGAAUGUCAUGAAAUCAUUUGACAAUCUCAACAACUGGCGGGAAGAGUUUCUGAUUCAGGCCAGCCCAUCUGACCCGGAAAACUUUCCAUUUGUUGUAUUGGGGAACAAGAUAGACAUUGAUGGUGGCAAUAGCCGUGUGGUUUCUGAGAAGAAAGCAAGGGCAUGGUGUGCCUCUAAGGGAAACAUACCUUAUUUCGAGACUUCCGCAAAAGAAGGAUUUAAUGUGGAAGCUGCUUUUGAGUGUAUAGCCAAAAAUGCACUCAAGAACGAGCCUGAAGAAGAAAUAUAUCUUCCUGACACCAUUGACGUUGCUGACGGAGGGCGGCAUCAAAGAUCUACAGGGUGUGAAUGUUAGAAGAGUUCAGGGUUGGCUUUGCUUCUUGGAAUGCAGAUACAAUUGUCAUUCAUAUCUUCCCAUUCGUUGUGCAGUAACUAUAACAAGUGAUCAGGAUGGUUAUUAAUCUCCAAUUUGUAUUUUUAGUCCAUCAGAAACGACCACUUAAUUAUCUUUUUUACUAUUUAUUGUUCAACUUCCAUGUCUGUGUUUACCUAUACGUUUGUGGUUUAUAUAAAAAUGUGAUUUUAGUGGCAAAUAAAGCAGUAAUUUUGUA